AUCAUUUAUUAUACAAACAGAUGUCAAGAAAGACAUACAUAAGCAUCAAAUCAUUUAUCAUUCAUGAAUUUUACUCGAGACAGAGUGUACUUCUUAGGUAAAGAUGUACCCUCUGCUGUUGAUUUUUCUUCUUGCAACACGUGUUUAUGCAAGUGAGGAUAACGCUAUAACGGUAGCUUCAACUACCCAAGAUCAGGAUCAAGAUCAAACAACUGAUCCAACAACUGAAAUUCCUACUAGUCCUAUAACUACAACUGAGGCACCGCUUAUUGCUUGCACAUGUGGAGUAUUUUUAAGUGGAUCAUUCAAAAGAGGAAGUAAGGUACCACCAAGUGAACAUCCAGCUUUACAAUAUGAACAAGCAGAGACGUUUCCGUGUUCAAGUAUUGGAAAUAAAAUGUGUACCAACAAAUGUCUAGAUGUGAUAGUGAAACACUUGCCAAACAGUCCUAAUAUUCUGUGUGGAUCCAUAGACAGAGACUGUCAUAAAGAGCGGGCAUAUUUAUUCAUCAAGAACUGUCAGGACGAUUGGAUAAAUACAAAUCUAUCCGCUGGACGCGAGUACUGCUGUAAAGAUGGAAUUCCUUAUAAAUGUCCCUUUUGAAUCGAAAAAUGCAAACUGGACAAACUGUAUUUUUAUACU